UUUUUGCUACAUCUCAAUUGAUUCUUACAUAUUUCUAGAUUUAGAUUCAAUUAGAGUUCAUUGGAAUGUUUAAAAACAUGAUGUUUAAUGAUUACGAUAUAAAUCACGAUGAGCAUUUGAAAAUAAAAACAAAAAAUCCUCGAAUUAUUGUUUUUCGAUCUUUUAUUCGAUUAUAAUUCGAAUUUGAGAUUACCCCGUGCGGCCCGCCAAGUCACGUGAUGCGCGAAAAUAUCACGUGGCGCUUUUUAGUGCUCCAGUAGAGCGCGCCAGUGUACAUUUGAUUAAACAUCAUGACGAAAGGAUCUGUUUGCUUCGCAAAUACAAAAUUGCAAGUUUGUCAACUUAUCCUUCGUGCACUAUUAAGUCUAAUAUUAUAAUGUCAUUAUGAUUAACCUACAUUUAUUUCAAUAAUUAAUUAUAUAUAUCAUUUAGUAACGCACAUACGCAACGAUUUUGCGCGUGACAUGUCGUGAGUCGACCCACUUUACGAAUAUAGAUCAUUAAUUCUUCCUCGGACGAUCGUACCUCGAGCGUGAUCUCAUCGAUAUAACAAGUGUUCCUCGAACUUCCUUAUUUUUUUUUUACAAAAUAUUGUGAUGUUUUACUAUUUUAGAAAUUAUUUUCACAGUCAUUAAGAAUAUAAAUAAAUCAACCUACAACCUAUAAACGAUCUCCUCUUCGAAUAAAGUUUAAAUGUGUCAUUUUUCUUGAUAACGUCAUGGAUCUUAACGUACUUCAAAUACGUGUGCAUUUAACGAACGAUGUAAUUAGGUUAAGUUGACCGAUGACAGAAGGUUUUUGAUUCUACUAUGCUUUACCUUUGGAGUAAACCGACUGAUUAAAUGUCAAAUAAUACAUCUCUUUUGUUGGGACAAACGUUGAAUGACAAAAGUAUCCAUAAUUAUCAAGAAUCAAGAUGAACUAUGGUUGUGCAUUUACUAAUAUUUUACAUUAUUAUGAAGACUCAAUGUGUGUGAUAAACUUUUUACAAAGAUCUCAACUGUAUUUGCUUGUAUAUAUCAAAGAUAUUUAGAGUGCAAGUUAUCGUCCAUCAAUAUGCCUCACGUGACUAGAAAAUGGGAAUUGUUUCCUGGUCGAAAUAGAUUUUGUUGCGAUGGCAGGGUAAUGACUGCACCCCAAACAGGAGUCUUCUAUGUUACGGUGUGUUUGGUUGCUGGUACCAGUGGAUUGUUCUUUGCUUUCGAUUGUCCAUUUUUGGCUGUACAUAUAACACCUGCAAUCCCGGUAAUAGGUGGAUUAUUAUUCGUAUUUGUAAUGUCUGCGUUGUUUCGAACGAGCUUUAGUGAUCCCGGUGUUAUUCCAAGAGCAACACCGGAUGAGGCUGCUUAUAUAGAAAAACAGAUUGAAGUACCAAAUAAUGGUAACUCUAAAACAUAUAGACCACCUCCAAGAACAAAAGAAGUAUUGGUACGAGGACAGCCCGUAAAGUUAAAAUAUUGCUUUACUUGUAAGAUAUUUAGACCACCAAGAGCCUCGCACUGUAGCUUAUGCGAUAAUUGUGUAGAAAGAUUUGAUCACCAUUGUCCGUGGGUUGGCAAUUGUGUUGGUAGAAGAAAUUAUAGAUAUUUUUAUGCUUUUAUAGUAUCAUUAGCAUUCUUAUGUGUUUUUAUAUUUGCCUGCGCUGUUACACAUUUAAUAAUGCUUACAAGAGACGACAGACCAUUUUUAGAAGCUGUCAAAUUAUCUCCUGGUAGUGUCAUUGUAGGAGUGAUAUGCUUUUUUUCUGCUUGGAGUAUCUUGGGUCUUGCUGGUUUUCACACGUAUCUAGCAACGAGUAAUCAAACAACUAAUGAAGAUAUAAAAGGUUCUUUUACAAGUAAAAUAGGUCAAGAAAGUUUUAAUCCAUAUAGUCGUGGAAAUAUUUGUGGAAAUUGUUUCUAUGUUUUAUGCGGUCCUUCGCCACCAAGUUUAAUUGAUCGUAGAGGAAUAGUUACUCCUGAGUACCGUGCAGAACAGGAACGAGUUUCUGAUGAAAAUGUGAUAGCUAAUAAUAAGUCGUAUGGAACAGUAAAGAUUAUCCAACCACAGUCAAACGGAACAGGACUGCAGACGAAUGUUCCAACAGAACUAACGGAUUCAAUGAAUAAUCUUGUUACUGGUCGUUACUCUCCAAGAUUAGAAUCUAUUAAUGGUGAGUUGUCUCUUUUACGGCAUCCUUCUCGUUGUACUGAUGAAAUUCCAAAAUAUUCUCAUCAGUUUAUAAGUGAUAUUUAUGUUCCAUCAUAUCCUAUGCCACAUUGUCCUCAGGAAAAACAUAUGAAAUAUAAUGUUAAUGAUAGGAUUAAUCCAGAAUUUCAAAAAGGUAUACAUAAGUAUCCACAUAGAUGUAGAGAAGAAUAUCACAGGUGUUCGGAUAACAAUUUAAUAUAUGAUCAGUGCAUACAAGAUCACAAAUAUGCGAUAGAUCUUCAAAAAUAUCCUCAAAGAUAUUCCGAGGAUACUUUACAAUAUAAAAUAGACGAUAAAAAUGGUUAUUCUGAUUUACAAAAGUUUCCACAGUGUCGUUCUGAAGAUCCUUUACGUAUUUCUCAAAGUCAACAUCAUACUAUGAAAUAUAAUAAUCUUAGAUGCACCGAUAAUGGUAUUAAAUAUCCGAUAGCAAAAAAUAUAUUACCAGCACGUAUAUUAGGUGCUACUGGUAUUCCUAUACAAGCGUUAGGACUUGUAGAUAAUCGUUUUGGUUCAAAUCCAUUGAGUAAUAAUUUAUCUUACGUUGAAAAUUCAUUUUGUCCUAACGAUAGUACAGAGGAAAAUCUUUUGAAUAGAAGAUUUAUCAUGAAUUCUAUGAGUAGUACUACGAAUAGUGUAAGUCAGCUAGUUACCAACGAAGUACCAUUAGCAUCGCUCAAUAUUGCUCCAAUUGAUAUCGAUGAAAUUGCUCCGCUUCCUCCGCGUCCAAACGUUGCAGUUUCUUCUGCGUUGGAUACCAGCACAGUACCAUCAGUAACCGUAACUACUCCGUUGUCUGCCUCAAGGCUUAGAUUAUUACAAGAUACUACCAUGAUUGAAUCUGCAUUAGAUUUAGAUUCAUUGGAAGAUUCUAGCGUUGGUAAAGGAAGUCAAGUAGGCCUUAUUAAAAUGGGAGCAGUAUCAUAAUCUAUUUUUAUGAUUAAUUUCAUUUACAAACAUACUAUACACACAUACAUACAUACAUACAUACAUACA